CAAAGGUGUUGGCACCCAGAAAAUUAUAGGCCGAGUUCAUUUGGCCCAGGUGCAGAUAGAAGGAGAUUUCCUGCCUUGCUCUUUUUCCAUUUUGGAAGAUCAGCCCAUGGAUAUGCUGCUAGGCCUUGACAUGCUGAAGAGACACCAGUGCUCCAUAGACCUAAAGAAAAAUGUCCUCCUCAUUGGGACGACGGGUACCGAGACACGUUUUCUACCUGAGGCAGAGCUGCCAGAGUGUGCCCGGCUGGCAUAUGGUCCAGAGGCACGAGAGGAUACCCGGCCUGAGGAGAUUGCUGAUCGAGAACUGGCAGAGGCUUUACAAAGAUCUGUGCAGGACAGCGGACAAAACUGAUGUCAUAUGGACAGACUCCUGGAGAGGGCUCUACUUACCAGAUAUUGAAGAUGGAAAAACUACCUCACCACAAUCCCUGCCAUUUAAACCCCUCAACCAACCCACAACAUCCUCAGCCUCAAGUCACCCCCACAGUCUCACCCUAGACCGUUCCAAGUCUGCCCCAGCCUCUAUAAACCAGGGAGUGCCCCCAGUUGAAAUUCCCACAUCGAUUGAAUCCUCUCUGCUUCAACCCUUGAAAGUGGGUGAACCCUCUCCAGAUCCCUCUGAUGACACCUUUAGAUCUCAGUCCCAAGGACUGGCAGAUCCGAUAUCGUCUUGCUUGCAAACAGAUGAAGAUACUCCGAUCCCAAGCACUCUUCCCUCUCAGGAACCAUUCUCGAGUACUGUGUCCGAGGACAAUGAGGUGACAGGUGACAUUGUUUCAGGAGAUUCCGGCAGUCCAAUAAAUGCGGAUUUGAGGAAGGACAACAUUUCCUCUGGGACUGUAGCAGCAGAAUCUCCUUUUAUUCUUUUUAACCCAAGGUCUCAGACUCAAACACUGGAUCAGGAAGUGGACAUGGAUGUUUCUUCCAAUGCAAAACCAGAAGCUGGCCAUGACUUUCCUGAUCAGUGCCAGAGAGACCAAGGUAGUAUGAUGGAGGAUGUUUCAGGGGCUCAACCACAGCUCAUGCCUGUUCCAGAUUUGAACCUUGAGCCCUUUCAUGCUGAGCAAGCGAUUUCUUCUCUCCAUUCAGACUCCGACAGUGUAGUACCCUGUGAAAGGGACCCGCCGGAGAUGGAUAACAUCCCUUCCUUGGCUCAAGCCCUAAAGGAGCUCCAUAAACUUCUGAUGUCCAACAAUUCUCCAACAGUUUCUGAAAGGAUUCCUGUAUCUGAUGCUGAUGAUACUACACCAAGACAAAAUGUUAAUGAGGUGGACCAGAAUCCUGCUGCAAGAAACCAUGUAAUUCUGAACCCAACUAUUGACUCAUCCUCUAGUACUGCCACAACAAACGACAAAGAGGAAAGUGUUGCCAAAGCUGACUGUACUUCUCAAUCAAUGAGGGAUAUUCCACACUUACCAACACCAAGCAAUCCAAGGCACACAGAGAACCAACCUUCUAUUAUGGUAGAUCCCACAGUGGAACAAAUGAUUGAGUUCCCUGAUGCAGCUGAAGGAAAUCAGGCCCUUGUUUUAGAAGAAGGUUCUGGGCAGGUGACUUCUUUUCAGAGAGUUCUUGAGCUCCCUGAGAGUCAGCAAGGGCAGGACAUUGUGGACAAAAACACCUCAGGCAUUGACAUCUCAGAUGACCUGUCUCAGCAGCACCCGCUUUCUGUAGCAGCUGGCUCAUCAAGCAAUUCCAGCCUAGGGCCUGUUGCAUCUCCUCAAGCCACUGAGACGGAUCCUCUUUUUCUUGGAGACUCCAUCCAACCUGCACCACAGCCCCCGAUGGGACAGUUUCCACUAGAGCACAUUCAGAGGAUCCAGGCUUCAGGGUUCUCAGCCCCUGAGGCUGUUGAGGCGCUGGAACAGGCUCAAGGCAGCGUAGAGCUUGCCUUAUUGGUGCUGCUUGCAAGAAAGAUCACUGUGCCCACUUAGACUCCCAAUCAACUCUUAGUGGUGGCAUCAGUCAACAUAUGAGCCUUUUUUCUUCAUGUCGUUUUCCUUUAGCAGUCCUCGUGGUUUUGUACUUGAUGGUCUUCUUCUGGCUCCUCAACUUUGCCAACAUACAUAAUGAUUAAAAAAUAGAUUUGUGAGAAGCUGGCCAUAUUUCCCUUUCAACAGAACAAUGAUGUCUGUGCAUCUCAUCUCGUCAUUCAUCUGUGACGUCUUUUUUCUUUUUUAAUUUUGCAUGUUGCCUCAAUAGUUCCUAAGGUAUUUUAUUGGUUUAGUUCGAAUAAAUUUGAUAAACCGCAAGACAUUUUAUAGGAUUAUGAAUAUUACUUCAGGUGGUGGGGCUCGGUAAUAAAGUUUCCAAUCUUUCAACGACUGCAUGGUUUUAGAUCUCAAAAUGUUAUGUGCCUGAUGUUUACUGAUCUUCUAUAGCAUCUUACUACAUUUAUUUUGUGAAAAUAGGAGCAGAUAGUAAUCUGGUAAAAAAAAAAAAAAAAAACACACAUUUCAGAGUUUUUUUCCUAUUUGAAUUGGCCAUAAUGUUCAAGCUGAGGUAAUUUUUUUUUUUCAUUAAUUUUUAUUUUAUUUGAUAGUUGCCAAUCCUGUAUAACUUGACAUGUUUUCAAUAGGUUGCCUUUGGAAAUUAUUAAAGAAUAAACUUACCGUUACCUUGUUCUUAUGUGUUCAUUGUCCACCAGACUUCUGUUAAUUAUUUAAAACAAAUCUGAAGGGGAAGUCAUCCUUUUAUUAUUAGUAGUAUUUCUUUUUUUCAGAUUUCUGAUGUUGUGGAUGUGGCUGUAGCGUUUUACAUUGUGUUUUUGAUUUAAAUGAAACGGACAGGAAAAAGCUGGUGCUGACAAAGUAGUCUACAGGAAUGUUUUUUUUUUUUUUUUCUUCCCCUUGUGCCCUUAGGGCAGCUACCACUACAUAUUGUUGGGAAGUCUGUGUUUUAUUCUCUUAUCUGUUGUCCCUUGUCUAAACACUUUGUUUUAGUGUAAAGUUCUGAUGUGCCCUUUACAGCUGUCUGUUAUCUUUUGCCAUGUCUAUACCUUCUUGUUAUUUUUAAUCUCUGGGUCAUAUAUCAUUUGUGUUCAAUCUAUUUGAAAAGCUCCAUUUCAUCUUGUAUACUAUACAGUUUAAAAACCAAAUAAAAGGAAAAAAGUGAUUCUUAUA